AUGAUGGAAAGCAAAAUCGACGAGGGAAGCGCGGUCAAAGUUGCGAUUCGUGUUAGACCGUUCAAUAAACGUGAAUUGGACCUCAAAACCAAAUCCGUUGUCAAAAUUAAAAAUGAGCAAUGCGUUCUACAUCACCCCAUAGAAGAGUGAGUUUACUUAUGCUCUUGAUUUUUGUUUCAAAUAUAUUUUUUGUUCAGAAAAAACACCAAAACCUUCACAUUCGAUCACUCGUUCUGUUCAACUGAUCCAAAUCAGAGCGAUUUUGCUGGACAGGAUACAGUGUGCUAUCAUUUGGGUAAUGGUGUUGUUGAGAAUGCCUUCGCUGGUUAUAAUGCUUGUAUUUUUGCCUACGGCCAGACAGGUGGGUGAUUCAAAAGCUUGUGGGAAAACUUUUUGGUAAAAAAUUGAAAUUUUCUCAAGAAAAUAACAAUAAGAAAUGGGUUGAAGUAGAAAAAAUACAUUUUCUCAGCCUCUCUGAAUAGGGUUUCUGCACUUUCCCAGCAUUAAAAAUAGUUUGAAUAGACCCCAGAUAUUUUCAAGGUUACAGUAGAUUUUGAAGAGAAAAAAUUGGAGCAAUGUUUACUUUGUGGGCUGAAAAAUCAUCUGACAUCAAGAAAUUUCAUUAAAUUCUAUUACGUCAUGAGAUAUUUGCUCUGAUAAUUAAAAAAAAUUGAGCUUGAGCAUCUUGGGAAUUUUAGAAAAAAAAAACACAUUUAUAAAUUAGAAUUUAUUAAUAAUUUUUCAGGAUCCGGCAAAUCCUAUACAAUGAUGGGCACACCAGAUCAACCGGGUAUAAUUCCACGCGUCUGCAACGAUAUUUUCCAACGAAUCUGUGAACAAACCAGUGACACAUUAUCCUUCAAAGUUGAAGUUUCAUACAUGGAAAUCUAUAAUGAGAGAGUCCGAGAUCUUCUAGAUCCCAAAAAAUCAAGCAAAGCUUUGAAAGUUCGAGAACAUAAGAUUCUUGGACCAAUGGUUGAUGGACUAUCAAUCCUGGCUGUCAAUUCUUUUGAACAAAUCUCAAAUCUUUUAGAGGAGGGAAAUAAAUCUAGAACUGUUGCUGCAACAAAUAUGAAUGCUGAAAGUUCAAGAUCGCACGCAGUUUUCAGUAUUAUUGUUUCUCAAACCUUGCAUGACUUGGAAAAUGGUUUCAGUGGAGAAAAAGUUGCCAAAAUCUCACUUGUUGAUUUAGCUGGAAGUGAACGUGCUGGAAAAACUGGUGCUGUUGGUAAACGCCUGGAAGAGGGUGGAAAUAUCAAUAAAAGUUUGACCACUCUUGGAAUGGUGAUAUCAGCAUUAGCUGAACGAACAGCAAACUCCAAGAAGGAGAAAUUCAUCCCAUAUCGGGAUUCAGUUCUCACAUGGCUUCUCAAAGAUUCUCUUGGUGGAAAUUCUCGGACUAUUAUGAUUGCCACACUUUCUCCAGCGGCUGAUAAUUAUGAGGAAACAUUGUCGACAUUGAGAUAUGCUGAUCGAGCAAAGAAGAUUGUUAAUCAUGCGAUUAUUAAUGAAGAUCCGAAUGCUAGAGUUAUUCGAGAGUUGAGGGAAGAGGUUGAGACUUUGAGAAUGCAAAUUACUCAAACUCGAAAAGAACAUGCGGUGAGUGAUGAUUGAGGGUUUCCUCCUGAUUUUGGGUUCAUGAAAAUUCCGAUCCAAUUUUCUAUAUUCUGAAUGUGAGAAUCAGAAGGCUAAGCAAGUAGAUUACUUGAAAAAUUCCGAAAUUUUCCAGGAAACCCAAGAGCUCCGCGAAAGAUUGGCUGAAAGUGAGCGACUUGUUGAGCAGAUGAACAAAUCUUGGGAGGAGAGACUAAAAGAAACUGACACUUUGAACAAGGAGAGGCAAAAGGAUUUGGCUGAAAUUGGAAUUUCAAUUGAGAGCAGUGGAAUCAAAGUGGAGAAGGAUCGAUUUUAUUUGGUGAACAUGAAUGCUGAUCCAUCUUUGAAUGAGCUUCUAGUUUAUUAUAUCAAUGGUCAAGCUAUCAUCGGAAAUUCUGAAGAGCUAGAAACCAGUCGUGAUUCUGGCCUAUCUCUCUCCAAUUCUGAACUCAACAAGGAUAAAUCCGAUAGAACAUCAAUUGUUCUUCGAGGUCUUGGAGUAAUGCGUCGACAUGCGAAACUCACAGUUGAAGAAUAUGCUGGACGACUUCGUCUAUUUGUUGCGCCAUUUAAUAGUGAUUGUAGAAUUUGUGUGAAUGGAAAACAAAUCACUGAUCGUGUUUUGCUUCGGAAUGGAAAUCGAUUGUUGAUUGGGAUGAAUCAUUUCUUCAAAGUAAAUUGUCCAAAAGUUAUUGAUAUGGAUCAAAGUAUCAUGGAAGAUAGUACACUCUUUGAUUAUAAUGAUGCUUGGCACGAGGUGAAUGAUGCGAAUCCAAUUAGUUCGGCUGUGGAUCAAUAUAUGGAAAGUGUCACAUUGAAACAUCAGGUUAGUUUGAUAAGGCUUAAAAUUAGAGAUAGGAGAUAAAAUUUUGAAAACCCCUAACAUUCAAAAUCAUCUGUUUUUCAACCUAGGAACUAGAUUCCACAUUUUCUGAAAAAUAUACUAUUCUCUACAUAAUCCCUAACUAAUUACUCUCCCUGCUUUCGUCUCACAGUAAUCCUUUUAUUUUUCAAGGAAGACAAAAAGGCGGCACUCGAACAACAAUACGAAGCGUUUGAAAAAUAUAUUCAAUCGCUCACCGCUGGCGGCUUCACACCAUCAACACCAAUGACACCAGGAUUUGGGCUGCCGACGCCAGUCACAACACCUUCUGGACUUCCACCAUUCCCAUUUCCAGCAAAUCCGAAACAAUCAGUAAAGAGCAAGUUUUUCUAUUGGGCACAGAGAAAGUGAGUCACGUUCAGAUAAAAGGUUUUUUUUUAUUUUGAAUUUUCAGAGAAGAAAUGUUUGCCGAAUCUUUAAAACGAUUGAAAGCUGAUGUGAUUCAUGCAAAUGCCUUGGUUCGAGAAGCCAAUCUAAUCUCCCGCGAGCUCCAAAACUCCAGACGCCAAACAACAUAUGAUGUCACCCUGCAGAUCCCAGCCUCAAAUCUCAGACCAAUCAAAAUCAAAGCUGGACAAUUUGUCUGUGAGCCUGUGAUUGUUGUAAGAAGAGAAGGCAUGAGUGGAAGUCAAAUGUGGACAGUUGCUCAACUCGAAUCUAGACUUGUUGAUAUGCGUGAAACAUACAAUGAUAUGAUUAAUGGGUUCAAUAGAUCUGCUGAUUUUUCAACAAAUGGAACACCGCAUACAACACCGAUGAAAUGUUUGCCUGAACAAUCUGCAUUGAUUAUUGAUCCGUUUUUUGAGAGUCAAGAACAUCACAAUCUUGUUGGAGUUGCCAAUGUUUUCUUGGAAGUUUUGUUUCAUGAUUUGAGAUUGGAUUAUCAGGUUAGUAGAUCUACAAUACUUCAACCCAUCUGAUGAAUUGCAGGUUCCAAUAAUCUCGCAACAAGGUGAAGUUGCUGGUCGUCUCCACGUUCAAAUCUUCCGCGUCAUCGAUACCGAAGAAGACGAAGAUUUCAAAGACGGCGAAAGCAUGUUGGGAAAAACCAUCACAUGUCGAGUUCGCAUAAAACGAGCAUCAGGUCUCCCCGAAAAACUCUCCAACUUUGUCUUCUGUCAAUACUCAUUCUUCAACAUUUCUGAACUUCUAGUCGUUGCUCCAGCUAAUGAUUCUUCCACCAAACCAACUACUGUGAUCUUUGAGCAUCAGCGAGAUUUCAAUGUUGUUGUGACUGAAGAAUUUAUGGAGUAUGUGAGAGAUGAUGCAUUAUCGAUUGAAGUUUGGGGACAUCGAAUUUGCGGGCAUCUUCAUGAAAAACGCGUGCUGGAUACUGAUGAGAAGAGUAAAACACUUCAAAAUCGUUGGAUGGAAGUGACGCGACGACUUGAAUUAUGGACUGAAAUUCGAGAAUUAAAUGAGAAUGGUGAAUGGUCGAGUGUUGAAGUUCGACAACAAGAAGAUGUUGCGACCGGUGGAAUUUAUCAACUCAAACAAGGUCAACAACGAAGACUUGUUGUUGGAGUGAAUCUAGUUCAAAUGGAUGGUUUACCAUUGUCGAUUGAUUCAAUUAGCAGUGUUAGUAUUGGUGGUAUUUUGUCGGUGAAAAAUGGUGGGAAUACGGGAAGUGGAGAGAAGCAAAGAUCGAUUGAUAGUUAUCAAGAAGAGGAUUUGGAUAAAAUCAGGAAACAAUGGUCGCAUGCUUUGAAAACUAGACAAUUCUAUUUGCAACAUCAAUUAGAUACGGUAAGUGGAAAAUGUUUUACAGGAUUUCUAAAUUGAAUUAAAUACGAAAAUUUCUGAUUUUAAGAGUUUUAGCCUUAUGAAGUAUGGGUUAAAUUCACGAAAUCUGAUAGGAAAACAAUUCAAAAUUUCAAUAAAUAAAGUUAAAACUUCAAAUGAAUUGCGAAAUUCAAAAAAAAAAAACAAGGCUAAAGAGCAGGCAAACUGGCGGAGUGUCGUAAUAUUUUUUUUUGGAAAAUAUAAAAAAUCUUCUUGUCGAAACAAUAUUAUUUUUUUAGGAAGUAAAGUAUGAUUUCAAAUUCUAAUUUGAAAAAUAAUUUGAAGAAUUUAAUUCAGAAUUUCAGAGAAUCAUAUACAGGUUCUUAAUUUCGAAUUCAAAAAUACAAAAAAAAAAAUCGUAUGGCUAAACAACAAGCAGUGCGGAGUGUUGUAAUUUUUUUCCAAAGAAAAACCCGCGAUUUCCAGCUCUCCUCAAAAUCCGGAAAAUCCGAAGCAGAGCUCGAUCGUGAGCAUUCUCUCAUGGGACAAUGGGUUGCUCUCACCGAAGAACGAACAGCUGUCGAAUGUCCAGCUCCAAACUCGUGUAUCCCAGGAGCCCCAUGUGAUUGGAUAGCUCCAGAUGGUGUCGAAAAACAUAUCCCUGUUCUAUUCCUUGAUCUCAAUUCGGAUGAUAUGACUGGCGAAUUAACCAGCGAUGAAAAUAUCCCAAAAAUUGCUGGAUUACAUUCAAUGCUUCCGUUAGAGCCAGAAGGAAAUCUGUUGAUGUUACCAAUUCAUAAAUAUGACGAGAAAGAGCAUAUCGCCACUUGUUCUUGGGACACUUCCGUUCACGAUAGUGCGGCUCUCAAUGUUCCUUCUGGAUCUAACGACAGGAUUUAUGCGAUUGUUAAAGUUAUGAUUCGAUUAUCACACCCUUGUCCAAUGCAUAUUGUGCUCCGCAAAAGAAUCUGCUUGCAAAUUUACAAGAAACCUAGCCUAACUGAAAAAUUGUUCAAAAGAAUGUUAGGAAAUGAGAUUAUUCAUCGAACAAGUCUCCACUACGAUAUUGUAGCUCAUAUUCCAAAAUCCUCCCAAGACAUGGAAGAUCGAAGUUCUUUGGCAAUGAUGGCGGCAAAAGAAACAACUUCUGAAACCACACAUCACGAGCAAACUCUCAACUACAUUGAAGCUUAUACCAAAUCAAUUCAAGCUGUAGAAUCCAUGUUGAAAUUGGAUAGACUUCGACAAGAAGUCGCGAUCACAAAUAUGCUGACAAAAAAAGAACGAUUGGCAAGGAUUCAGAAUUUUGGACUUCCGAUGUCCUCAUUGAGAAUGAAUCGAGCUGUUAGUCUACCGAAUGCGAUUUCUUCACAAACUGUCAAUUUUUCACAGGUGAGAUUUUGAGAUUUUUUUUCAUUAGGAAAAGAUUUUUUAUCUUCAAAAAUGUUUAGCCACCAAAUAUGCGAAGCGAUACACCAAUGUCUAUAUCGUCUUCAAAUUCAAUGGGUGAGUUUAUUUUUUUUUUCAAAGUCCAGAUGAAAAUGGAACAUGUUGCUUUACUAACUCUACUUCUAACUCUUUCCUAUCUAUAUGUGAAAGUCCGCUCGAUGUAUUGAAAAAAAGGGUUUCUGAAAACCUAUUACAUGAAUUUUCAAAAACUUCAUUGAAAAAUAUUACCAAAAAACAGUUCACAUAGAUAAGAAUAAUCAGAAAAAUUUCAUAUAAUUCUCGACAUUACUCAGGUUAGAAAACAUUUUUCCAAAACAAAAAAAAAUCAAUAAGUUCCGCACUUUAUUUCUGCACUGCUAAAAAGCAUGUAAAAAACAAAAUCAAAUCGCUUAUUUAAUUUAAUUUCAUCUAAUUUUUCUUUGAUUUCCUCAAAAACUCACUGUUUCUCUAAACCUUCCCCCAAUUAAUCACAGCUUUUCAACCAAAAACUUCUCUUCUUCUCGAUUUGGAUGAUUGAUGUCAAGCUUCUUCUAAUCAGUCACUAACAUUUCACAUCCUCCCAGUUCUGACCCAAAAUGUUUCAGCUCGACCCACAUCUCUUAACUUGAAACCUUUAUGCAUCGGAAAGUGUAGGUUUUGUGUUUGUGUGAUCUUUUUUUUUUUGAAUUUUUCGCAAGCACGGUUUUUCCGCAUGCUUUUUGUCAAUGUUGUGCUGGUUGUUUUUUGCACGGUUUUCACACUUUUUCAGCAUUUACUAUAAAUAUUGUUUUCAACAAAAAAUAUAUGACAAAAAUUGAGCUUCCCCGAUAGUUGUUUUCAUGUAAAUAUAUUUUUUUUGAUCAGUAGUGACUCAAAAAUCAAAGAUAAUUUUUGAAAAAAACCAAUUUUGUUUACAGUGACUAGUAUAACUAGCCCGUUUGCUGAUAAAUUGUCUGGAAUUAUUGAGGAGAGUUUGAUUGCGCCAACAAGAUCUUCGACAGUUCCGGAAACUAUGUGUUUUGUUGGAAAGAAGGUGAGAGGAUCUUGAGGGAAGUUUUAAGGAAACAUUUUUUAAAUUCUAGUUUUUCAAAUUUUUGAGAAGAAAGCUAAAAAUAUUUUUCAGAUAUUGAAAAAAAUUCACUAUUCUAAAAUAUCAGUAGAAUACAAUCAAACAUGAGCAAUCUUAUCUGCAGAAACUAGGAAUCAGGAGAAUUUACGAGACGCAGAAAAGCAUUGCUCAUGUUAACCGAAACUUGAAGCAAGAUACUUUCAGUAUCGGAUUUCUUUGAAAAUAGAAAAUUUGAAGAACUAGGUUUAAAAAUUAUCUUUUUAAAGUUUCUAUGUAGUUUCUGGAAAAUCUGAUGUGUGUCCAGAAUUCAAUUAAUUUUCGCUUAAUUAUUGUCAAUCCAAUAUUCUAGAGUCCAACCGAAGAUGUGAAAAAUGGCAACAAUAGUCUAACCUCAUCAACAACAUCUUCAUCCUCAACUUUAUAUGAAACAACAUCAUCAUCGGACCGAAUGACAAGCACAAAUUUAUGUUUACCGCUAGACAAUAAUAAUCAACUAUCAACCAAACAAAAGGGUAUGUUUCUGGAUACUAACUGCUGAUUUUUUUUCAAAACCUGAAAAUCAAAUUGUUCCAGGUGACCUGAUGGAUCUCGAAAUGACAAAUUGA